AUGCCUCCUCCUCCCAGCCAUCACGGUGCGGUCGGGCCGUCGAACUUCGACAAGUUCAAGAUGGGUGCCAUGAUGGGCGGCACGGUGGGCGUGAUCAUCGGCUUCAUCUUUGGAACCGUUAAUAUCUUCAGAUACGGAGCGGGGCCAAAUGGUAUUAUGCGGACAUUGGGACAAUACAUGCUGGGCUCUGGGGCGACAUUUGGCUUUUUCAUGUCAAUCGGCAGUGUGAUUCGAUCCGAUGCUUCGCCCAUGGUCCAGGAAGCCUAUUUGCGUGCUCAAAGGCGGCCCAUCAUCAUGGCCGCGCAGGCCUUCCGCCCGUAUCCGCCGGCCCGUCGUGCGGACAACUAA